CGUUAUAAUGCCCUCUGCUCCACCUCCAUAACUCCGCAGCUCUUUCAGGGAAUAUUGCCGAUUUCACUCCACUCCACCGUCAGGUUUCCUCAACGUUUCGGACUCGAUCGAUCAUCGUCAAUCUCAUAACGCUAGCUAGCUGCAUUCUCCGUCGUCUGUGAUCAGUAUAAUUAGUUGAUCGAUCAACUUUUCAAAUCAUCAGAUACAGAGAAUCAGAAAAUAAUGGUGUUGUUGGUGGGGAUGUUCGCUUCUACAACAACAUUAUUCACUACAAUACUAGUAUUGUGCUUGCAGCUGCUAGUUCAACCAUGUGUUGCUUUCAUUGAGAUCCCCGGCGGCAUCUGUGGUUCCGAUUACCAAGACGGAAGUUAUGUUGGGUGCGACACGGGCCGCUGCUGCAGCGACACUGGCUACUGCGGUAACGACCGUUACCACUGCGUCACCAACUGUUGGAUGCAAUGUCAUGACGUGGAUGGAGGAGUGAGCAGCAGCGGGCAGCGGCUCCAUAACAUCAGUACCACGAUGAAUGUAGUGAAUGCAACGUACAAUCAAUACUACGAUCCGGCCGGAACGAAGAAGAAGAAGACGAUCAUCAUCAGUGGCUGGGAGGAGGAUGAUAAACUCGUCAACGCUUCCUCGUCUUCGUCGUCGUCGUGGUGUGCAACUUCACUCUCUAGCAUACCACCGGCGCGACGUAACAAGUAUGCUUUGGCUGCUUUUCGUCGACCUCGUAAUCGUACUGUUACUGCGACAACUACUACUGCUAGCAGGAGUAGUUAUUGUGGACAGUGCCUCAAGUUGACGAAUCUCGAGACUGGAGGUGAAGCGAAGGUGCGAGUUGUUCACGAACGUAGUGUCGAAGGUCUUGAAUUGGAUCGCGAAACUUUCAACAAGCUGCGGACUUACGACGACCAUGGAAAUAAUGGGGGUGAAGAUGAUGACUAUCAUGGUGAUCACCUUGUCUUGAAGUAUCAGUUCGAGAAUUGUGAAGACUGAUGAACAAGAAAAGACGACUGGAGGCUAUUGAUGAUCCACUUAUUAGUCCUACAAUAAACGGCAAUGAUUAGCUGAAGACUGAACAAGAAUGACAAGUGGAGGAUAUUGAGGCACAAAUUCCACCUCAAGCAAAAAAUAUGCACAUAACUUAUCACCACCUUUUUUUUCCUUUUAUAUAUCUACACAAUAAAUAAAAGCCAAAUGAGAAAAUUUGAAACCCCAUUUCAAAUUUCCUGCAUCCAGAGUGAAAGUAGGAAGUACAUUUUGGUCUAUUACUUUUUUUUUAUUCAUUAAAAAGACACUUACUAGGAUUCGAACCAUGACCACUUUAAAGAAAAGCAAAAAUCGUAACCAAUCACACUAAGUACAUUCGAAUUGACUCGUUUUAAUUGCCUCGUUUAUAAAACGAGACAAUUGAUCAAAUUGACUCAUUUAUAAAUUGAUCCAUCCAAACGACCCCUAAGAGAAAUUAUUAUCCAUUUAAUAUUCUCUGACUUAAAAGAGAAUAUAAAAUCGAUACGAAGUCUUGGCUGCUUGCUGUUCCAUUUCCUCAACAAAAACUUUCAUACUUCUCAUUACCAACUCCAUACCAUAUGGUAUCUUCUUCGUUUCAAGUCAUUUUCAAAAAAUUUACACAGAAGGAAUGAGUUAAUCAUGAUAAAUUGGAUCUAAAAAUUUUUGGGUGAAAAAAAGCACAAGACCAAAAAAUACCAUACUAUACCACCCUGGUAUCGAGAUUGGUAUCUUGUGGUACUCGAACAUAUCAUAUGGUAUGGACUGGUAAAAAAUACUUCAAAUUUUUUUGUUCCAAAAAUAUAUCAAAGUGGAUACCAUUUUGAAGAAAAUAAUUAAUUUGGUCUAUAUGUGCAAAAAAAUUAAAAUCCGACUUAAAUGAGAGAGAAAUCGUCCAUUAAAAAUUAGCGGGAAAAAGAUUAAAGGCUGCUAAUGUGGCACUGAGAUUGGGUUAUGCAUAAUUAUGCAUCACAAGGUUACUGAUGACCUUUUGGAAACGUCUGGGUUUUGUUUUAAGUUUUUAUUUAAUUAAUUUUCUCGUGUACAAUAGGGAGCUGCCCCUAAAUAACUCAUGUAUACCUAUAAUAGUCAUCAUAUGAAUUUGUGGAGGUAUACCUAUUUAAGCCUAAAAUGCAACUAGGCAGAUAACCAUGACUAUUUGAGUUUUUGAUCUGUACUCUUUUGUUAGAUCUUUUGGGAGGUGAGGAAUCUAUGAGAGGAGUGGCUCCCGUGAUCUACACUCUGACGUCCAAAUUAGUACGAUUUAGUGGAAAAUGCAUGUAAAGUAGAUAUAAAGAGAGAACCAUGUGUAGUGAAUGUGGGGAAGAGAGAGAUCCUUUGCUUGGAGGGAUUGAAGCUCUAUAUAUAGGAGUCUGACACUUUCUUGAUCUGAUGUCUUGGGGUUUCAUUGAGGCUAAUGCAGGGUGCCUUAGAGGCUUAGGCCUCUGAGUGAGCUGGAGGUGUCUUAGAGGCUGGGGCAUCAAGAGAGGUGUCCUAGAGACUGAGGCAUUUGAGUGAGCGGGAGGUCUUAGGGGCAGUCCGACUUCUCGUCCAACAUUCAUCUUCUUCUUCUCGUUGUCCUUCUCCAAAAACACAAACACAAAAGUAAGAAAGGUUGCUGCUUUCAGACUUUGGUUGAAGGGACUCCUGGAGGUGGUUUGCCUAAUUCCUACCAGCAACAAUGUAGUGGAUAAGGCUCUCUAUUUGGUCCGGACUGUUUAGUUUUACCCAAAACCGGACCGGGACCAGACUGAGACCAGAUAGCAAACAAUCCAAUCUCAUAUUCGAGCUUAGAUUUGAGGUAAAAAACCAAGAGACUCCAACACUCAAAUCCCGACAAGCUCAAUCUAAAAUCAAGUUCAAAUUGCGAC